AUGAACAGCGCUGUACGUGCGAUUGUUCGUAUGGGCUUGUAUCUCGGAUGUGAAGUGUACUUCAUUCAUGAGGGAUACCAAGGCAUGGUCGACGGUGGUGAGAACAUCAAACAGGCUUAUUGGAAUUCGGUAUCAGACAUCAUUCAGAAAGGAGGUACCAUAAUUGGAUCGGCGAGAUGCAAAGAAUUUCGUGAAAGGUCGGGUCGACUGAAGGCAGCUGCAAAUCUCAUCAAACACCGCAUCACAGCGCUUGUAUGUCUCGGUGGUGACGGUUCACUUACAGGAGCGAACAUAUUCCGUAAGGAGUGGCCUAGUCUUGUAGACGAGCUGUUGAAAGCGGGCAAAAUCACGAAGAAGGAUGCGGAUGUGUGUCAGUACCUUCAGAUCGUUGGAUUAGUUGGUUCGAUCGAUAAUGAUUUUUGUGGAACUGAUAUGACGAUUGGUACGGACACAGCACUGCACCGUAUAACCGAGGCUAUUGACUGUGUUUGCUCAACGGCACAAAGUCAUCAGAGAGCGUUCGUUGUUGAGGUUAUGGGACGACAUUGCGGGUACGACUCAUCAUCAUUGUCAAAGAUGUAUCUGGCGUUAACCGCUUCUCUGGCUGUUGAUGCAGACUUUUGUUUCAUUCCCGAGUGGCCUCCACCACUGAACUGGAGAGAGGUGCUCUGUAAGAAGAUGAAACAGAUGCGUGACGAUGGAACACGAGUGAACAUCGUGGUUGUUGCCGAGGGUGCGAUUGAUAACAGUGGAGCACCGAUUACGUCCGAAAUGGUGCGUGAGGUGAUUCGUAAGAAUCUGCAUUACGAUACUCGAGUAACAGUGUUGGGUCAUGUUCAACGAGGUGGUAAUCCGUCAGCAUUCGACCGUUUGUUGGGCUGUCGAAUGGGUGCUGAGGCGACGGUGGCGUUGAUGGAGAUGGAUGAGAAGUCAGAGCCUUGUGUUGUUUCGAUUGAUGGCAACCAGAUAGUUCGAGUGCCUCUCAUGAAAUGUGUUGAACGAACACAAGCGGUCAAAAAAGCAACCGAUCAAAAAGACUGGGUGACAGCGUUGCAAUUGCGUGGACGAAGUUUCCGCAGGAAUGUUGAAAUGUAUCGAACAUUAACCAAAAUCAGAACACCGAAAAAGAAAGAUGCUGUAAAUACGUAUAAUAUUGCCAUCGUAAAUAUUGGAUCACCAUCCGGAGGAAUGAACGCAGCUACCCGAAGUUGUGCACGUUUGGCUAUUCUUCGCAACUGCAUUCCGUAUGGAGUGCAUAAUUCCAACGAGGGUUUAGCAUCUGGACAACUACAGAAGAUGGAGUGGAACGAUGUUCAAAGUUGGACAGCACAAGGUGGAUCGUUCUUGGGUACACAAAAAGUCUUACCAACAGAGCUUUUGCCAGAAAUUGCUGAAACUUUAGCACGUUUCAACAUUCAUGCGCUCGUUCUGAUCGGUGGUUUUGAGGCGUUUCAUUCAUGUUUAGUGUUUGCGCAAAAUCGUGACAAGUAUCCACAACUGCGCAUACCGAUGUGUGUCAUACCGUGUACAAUCAGCAACAAUGUUCCUGGUACGAAUUUCUCACUCGGUGCCGAUACAUCGUUGAACGAAAUAUGUCGCAUGAUAGAUAAAAUCAAAACAUCUGCUACUGGAUCGAAACGUCGUGUGUUUGUGAUUGAGACUAUGGGAGGACAUUGUGGAUACUUGGCUACCUUGUCGGCUAUGGCAAGCGGUGCAGAUGCAGCUUAUAUUUAUGAGGAGAUGUUUGGUGUUAGUGACCUUAUUGAGGAUGUUAAAGUAAUAGCAGAAAAGAUGGUGACUGGUGCUCAACGUUAUUUGGUCGUUCGUAAUGAGAAAGCGUCUCGUAACUACACUUCUGAAUUCAUAAGAGAAUUGUUCUGCGAGGAAAGUAAAGGUGCAUUUACGACACGGGUUAAUGUACUCGGACAUACACAACAAGGUGGAAAUCCAUCGCCAUUCGACCGCAUUAUGGGUACGAAGAUGGGUGGAAAAGCCAUGGAACAUCUCAUUGACCAAAUUAAUGAGCACAAACAUGUGUCUAAUAAUACCACUUCUUGUACAACACCCAAUACCGCCACUCUUCUUGGUGUUAUUGGUCGCCAUGAGUGCUUCACACCAGUUGAAGAACUAUGCGAUGAGGCUGACUUCCCUCAUAGGUUGCCGUUAGAACAGUGGUGGAUGAAACUGAGACCGUUACUUCGGAUUCUUGCCAAACAUGACACGUCUUAA